CUAUCUUCACUCACCUACUAUCAUUAUGGGACUUGUAUCCUUCCCAUUUUCUACGGAGUGGCAGUCCUUGCCAGUCGGCUUCAUGGUUUUGAUGCUAACUUCGAGCCUCUUUAUUUGGUACCAGCGCAAUCAUCAUCAUGGAUCAAGAGCAACUUAUAACCCGCCUCUUCCUCCUGGCCCGAAGAAACUUCCGUUCAUCGGAAACGCUCUUGAUAUGCCACCUGCUGAUCAACACAUCAAGUUUACUCAAUGGGGUAAACAAUAUAACUCGGAUAUCCUUCACCUCCGAGUUAUGGGAAUGGAUUAUAUUGUACUGAACUCAUGGGACGCGGUUAUUGAUUUAUUGGAUAAGAGAUCUGGGAUUUACUCAAGCAGGCCUCAUGCUACAAUGCUCCAAGAUCUUAUAGGAUGGGAGGGAGAUCUUGGUUUAAUGUGUUAUGGGAAAGCAUUCAAUGAACACAAAAAACUGUUUCAUCAAGAAUUCCAUCCUUCCAAUUCUUCCUUACACCGUCCACAUGAAAGGAAAGCCCUGGGUGUGUUUCUGAAUAGUCUGAUUGAUACACCAGAGGAAUGGGGGAGCCAUAUCAAGCAGUUGAUAGGUGCAAUUAUCAUUGGUGUAGCAUAUGGUGUUCAGGUCCAACCAAAGGAUGAUCCAAACAUUGAUGCUGCGGCAAGGAUGUAUGGUGUUUUGAAUACAGUUCUCCUACCUGGGGCUUUUUUGGUGGAUGCACUCCCAAUUCUCCGAUACAUCCCAUCUUGGUUCCCCGGUGCAUCCUUCAAACAAAAAGCCAAAGCUUGGUAUGGGGUCCGCAAGGAAACAAUUUUACCUCCAUAUAUGCAGGUGAAACAGGCAAUGAUAAAUGGAACAGCCAAUGACAGCUUCACCCUUCGAUGCCUAAAGAACGGUGAAAACAUGGUUGACCCUCGUGUUGACCAUCUCUCUGAAGAGGAGGAAAUCAUCAUGCAAACUGCUGGGACAUUAUAUGAAGCUGGCGCAGACACCGGGAAAACAGCUCUCCGGACCUUCAUUCUUGCAAUGACUUGUUUCCCCAAAGCACAGCGAGAUGCUCAAGAGGAGAUAGAUUGUGUGAUUGGUCAAGAGCGGUUGCCGGAUUAUGAGGAUAUUGUAGAUGACAGUGAUGCAUCUGUCUCCUUGCCAUAUUUAAGAGCUGUGGUUUUGGAAUGUUUCAGAUGGCAGACUGUUGUUCCAUUAGCUGUCCCUCACCUUGUUGAUACAGAAGACACAUACAGAGGGCUUUACAUCCCAAAGGGUGCAACAAUACUGCCUAAUGUCUGGGCAAUACUUCGAGAUGAAAAGAGAUACGGUCCUACUGCACAUACAUUUGAUCCGGAACGAUGGCUUCUCAAGAAUGAUAACAGUGCCACAGGAGGGUCUCGAUGGAAACUCAAUCCUGACAUGAUGGUACAUGAUCCUAUCCCAAUGAGUUUUGGAUUUGGGAGGAGAGCAUGUCCUGGGAAACAUAUGGCACUGUCAACAUUCCAAAUUAAUGUUGUAUCACUGUUACAUUGCUUUGAUAUUACACCGCCUGUGGACGUGGCUGGGAAUCUGGUUAUGCCGGAGAUUGAGUAUGUUACAAGGUUGACAAGUGCUCCAGCUCCAUUUGAAUGCUCCAUCAAACCUCGCUCGGAGAAACAUGUUGCACUUGUACAGGAGAUGUUGUUGGACUAGUGGGAAUCAGUACUGUGUAGAGCUGUAUAGGGUCCACAGAGCACAGAAUUUGUUCUGUAACCACUGCAGCACCAAUCCAUGCAAUUCUGUGCAGUUCCAUGCAGUUCCAUAUAACAUAAGAAAUAUCCAAUGUUGUGUGUAUAUGAUCCUGAUGCAGACUAGUCCUCUGUGCCACCCUCCACCUCUGUCUUUCAUUUUGCUCCUUACCGUACACUGUUGUUGAUCCUGUUGACAGUAGCGACACACAUGAAUUAAUCUCCCACUUCAACAAACCACAAAAAAAACAUGAAAAAAGGAAGCUGAGAUGGAACACUUCAUUGAUGCAUUAAGAGGGAAUCGAACCCCCGGCGGGUCGAGAGAGGUUAAGAAGAAUACUCAAAAUGGCAACGACCCAGGUUACC